AUGGACGCGCUCCAGGACGACUCUUUCUUUCCGGGCAAUCACUGGCUGUACUUCUCCGUGUACCUCUUCACCUUCCUCGUGGGGCUCCCCCUCAACCUCAUGGCCCUGGUGGUCUUCGCCCGCAAGCUGCAGCGCCGCCCGGUGGCCGUGGACGUGCUGCUGCUCAACCUGACGGUCUCGGACGUGCUCCUGCUGCUCCUGCUGCCCUUCCGCAUGGUGGAGGCGGCCAGCGGCAUGCUCUGGCCGCUGCCCGUCUUCCUCUGCCCCUUCUCCAAAUUCUUCUUCUUCACCACCGUCUACCUCACGUCCCUCUUCCUGGCGGCCGUGAGCGUCGAGCGCUUCCUGAGCGUGGCCCACCCGCUGUGGUACAAGACGCGGCCGCGGCUGCUGCAGGCCUGCCUGGUGAGCGCCGCCUGCUGGCUGCUGGCCGCGGCGCACUGCAGCGUGGUCUUCGUCACCGAGCUGGCGAGCAACUCGUCGCACAGCACCUGCUACCUGGAGUUCCACGAGGGGCAGCUGGCCGUGCUCCUGCCGGUGCGGCUGGAGAUGGCUGUGGUCCUGUUCGGGGUGCCCCUGCUCAUCACCAGCUGCUGCUACAGCCGCCUGCUCUACCUGCUCCGCGGGGGGCCCAGCCACCGGCGGAGGAGGGUGGCGGGGCUCGUGGCAGCCACCAUGCUGAACUUCCUCGUCUGCUUUGGGCCCUACAACGUGUCCCAUGUCGUGGGCUACCUCCAGGAUAAAAGCCCAGUGUGGAGAAGCUACGUGCUGCUCCUCAGCACCCUGAAUUCUUGCGUCGAUCCCUUGGUUUACUACUACUCGUCCUCGGGGUUCCAGGCGGACUUCCGGAGGCUGCUGCAGAGGCUGGCUGGGGCCUGCAGGCCCUGCGGGCGGGACAGCUGCGGGAGCCGGACGGCUAAGAACAGAGAGGGCUCAGUUCAGGAGCUGUCCACCCUAGAGAACAGGUAG